AGCUCAAAGCCGCUCUCACCUGCGCCAGCAGUUCAGAUCGGGACUGAUCGCUCCAGCAAACUCGUAACCAGAGAACAAAACUCUAAUUUCACCAUGAGCGUCCCUUACACCCAAAGGUCCUUUAGACAGACCACGCAGCUUUCAGGCGGCCCAUCGAUGCGGUCUAGUGUUGCCGGCUCCGUGGGGUCGUCGCGAAGAAUUAGUAGCAGAAAGGCGAUGAGUGUGUCUGGAGCUGGAAUUGGAACAGGUAUCGGAGGGUCAAGACGUAUGCUUUCUGGCUCAUCGAUCAAGCUUAGUUCAGGCUACAAUUCAGGUUACGGUUCAGGUUUAAGGUCAAAUUUCAGUUCUAGUUCGAUGAUGCCGGCCCUUGAUCUAAGCGCCCCACUACCACAAAAUGACACCAGUCUGCAACAAGUUCGUAUGCAGGAAACGAGGGAGCUGACUACGCUCAACAACCAGUUCGCAAGUUUCAUAAACCAGGUUCGCCUUCUCGAACAGCAAAAUGCUCAGCUGAAGGUCAAACUGGAGCUUCUGAAGAGGCAGGGGACCUACACCUCCAACAUCGAUAACAUGUUCCAAACUUACAUUGACAACCUCAAGAGGCAACUGGAAACUCUUGGGCAGGAGAAGCUGAAGUUCGAAUCGGACCUUGUGCAGAUGCAAGGUCUAGUUGAGGACUUUAAGGGCAAAUACGAAGAUGAAAUUAACAAGAGAACUGAAAUGGAAAACGAGUUUGUCAUGGUGAAGAAGGAUGUUGAUGAAUCCUACAUGAACAAGGUGGAAUUGGAAGCAAAACUAGAAAGCCUGACUGAUGAAAUUGAAUUCCUGAAGACAAUCUUCCAAGAGGAAAUCCGUGAGCUGGAGUCACAGAUUCAGAACACUGCUGUCAGCGUGCAGGUGGACACUAGCCGCAACCUGAACAUAGACCAGAUCAUCAGUGAAGUCAAGGCCCAAUACCAAAGUAUGGCAGAUAAAUGCCGUGAUGAUGCCGAGAACUGGAAAAAGGCGAAGAUGGUGGAACUCAGCACAAUGCCUGGAGGUCAUGCGGAAGAAGUGCGAGUGAUCAAAUCGGAGUGUAAUGAUCUGCAGAAUCGCAUCCGUAAGCUGACUGGGGACAUCGAGUAUCUGAAGCAGCAGCGUUUGAAACUGGAGGCUGCGAUCGCUGAAGCAGAGGAACGUGGCGAGAUGUCUCUCAAAGACAGUAAACAAAAUAUCGUUGAUCUGCAAGAAGCCAUCAGGAAAGCAAAACAGGAGAUUGCCAAGCAAACUCGUGAAAUCGACGAGCUGAUAAAUGUCAAGCUGGCUCUGGAUAUCGAAAUUAACACCUACAGUAAACUACUGGCGCAAGAGGAAAUCAGGAUGGUAGAAGGCGUCAAAACCCUCAGCGUCCAACAAGUUUCACAGCAAGGAAGUUUUGGGGAUUUCAGCAGCGCAAGUAGUGGUAUGUCUGGCUACCUCAAAGGGGGCAGUGAGAUGGAAACUGGUGGAAAAAGAGCAGUAAUUCUGAGCUCAGUGCAGCAGACCUCUACAAGCAGAAGUGGAUCUUCAAUCAAUCAGUUAUAAACUACUGUCAGUUAUGUCUCUGGUGACUCUCUUGCCAGUUUUUAUACUUCAUUCACAUAGCCUGUUCAGUGAAGUGGUUAACUUGUUUAGAUUAACUUUCUGCCUGAUCUUGGAAUUCUACUCAAUUUUACAUCGUUAAGCAACAUGAAAUUAACUGAUACACAGCAAACGUCAAGUUAGUCUGUAACUUGGGUUUGUGGGAAAAGUGGAAAGUUCAUCCUUUACUUCUUGGGCCUUUGAAUAUAGGAAAUUAAUCAAAGUUUUAGAUGUGGUGCUCUGAUUUGUGAUUUUGACUCACUUUAUGUUGGGGAUUUAUCUUUUGUGGCAUUUCUGUAAUACUGAAUAAACUGAAAUUUUUGAAUCUGCCAAUCUGGACUCUUUCUUU